AUGUUUAAUUCCACCCUGUGUGGCCAUGUAACUACUGGUACGAAGUUGGAGCGACACUUGGAUAUGAGAACAAAUCACAACAAAACUAACACUUUCUCGGAUCAACGACAUGUCGUAGUUAUGGAUGUUACGCCUUAUAAACUUCCUACAGAUUCCGCAGUCCGUCCUGGUUACGGCAAACUAGGCAGGCCAGUAAAUCUGAAAGCAAACUUUUACAAGAUCACUGUGCUUCCGAGACACACAAUUAACCAAUAUCAUGUUAUCAUCGGUGAUGGGUCUCGUCUGCCUCGUAAAUUAGUAGAAAAGAUUUGGAAUUCAAAGGAACUAAAGGAUAAGCUUGGCUCUUCAUGGCGUUCCUGUGUGUAUGACGGAAAAAGUUUACUCUGGACGAAGGAUAAUAUCCCUGAUUUCUUCAUCAAAGUGAACAUCGGGAAUCUGAAACGUGAACAGUUCACUGAAUUUGGCAUUCAAAAGACGACAACGAUUAACUUGCAGACUCUGACGGAAUUUGUCAAUAGCAAAUAUGCUUUGGAUCCUCAUAUACUAAACGGAAUUAUGUUUCUUGAUUUGCUGUUGAAAAAGCAACCCUCAGAGACCUUAUACGGAUUUAUGCGGUCCUUUUUUACUGGUGAGAAUACUUUUUUAUUAGGAAACGGAGUUGAAGCCUGGAAAGGGUUUUACCAAACCAUUCGGCCUACUCAAGGCUGUAUGAGUGUCAACGUUGACAUAUCUUCUAGUGCAUUUUGGAGAGAUGGUUCUUUUCUUUCCUUGUUAUUAGAAUACACAAAUUCUAAAGAUGUUCGAAAUUUGACUCGCGUCGAUUUCAACACUUUAUCACGAAAAUUUCGUUUGCUGAAAGUUACCUGUAAGCAUCGAAAUAAUCAGGAAAGGCAAUUGUCCAAAAAAGUAUAUUCUAUCCAAGGAUUUUCUUCUAAGAGUGCUUCUGCUUCAACUUUUGUCCGUAAAAAGGAUGACAAAUCAGAAACCAUUUCUGUUUACAGGUACUUCCAUGAGCAUCACAAUGUUCGGUUACAAUAUCCUGACCUGCCUUGUGUUGUCGUGAAGAAUGGUGCAAUGCUGCCAAUCGAAUUAUGCUAUGUAGAAAAAGGUCAACGGUAUACUGCCAAAUUAAAUGCAGACCAAACUGCAAAAAUGAUACGCUUCGCUGCACAACGUCCACUCGAACGCGUACAGCAGACUGAGGGAUUCGUUCGUCAAUCGGCAUGGGAUAAGGAUCCUUAUUUGGCAGAGUAUGGCAUGAAAAUUGCUUCUUCCAUGAUGGACGUUUCAGGUCGUAUCUUGAACACCCCUUCCAUCUGUUAUGGGGGUAAUUCAAUUGAACGACCUACAGGUGGUAGCUGGAAUUUACGUGGUAAACGUUUCUUUCAGCCUGCUCGUACACCCGUUAAGUCUUGGGCAGUCAUGUGUUUUACCUCGACUCGAAAAUUACCUACUGUAGUAAUUGAAAAUUUUUUAAAUACUUAUGUGCAAACCUUGACUGGGCUGGGUAUUCAGUUCUCUCAAAAGAAGCCACCGAUUAUGUAUGCCGACGUACAGGCAAACAUUGAAGACUCCUUGAAAAAUAAUUAUCGAAAGGCUGAGCAAGUCAGCAAGUGCCCUCCUGAUUAUUUAUUUUUUAUCGUUGAUAAAAACGCUCCGGAACCAUAUGGGUCUAUAACGCGCAUCUGUAACACUAUGUUGGGUAUACCAUCUCAGUGCGCUUUGAGUCAGCACAUCCAGCAGGCAAAGCCGCAAUAUUGUGCUAAUCUUGGAAUGAAAGUUAAUGUUAAACUUGGAGGAGUGAACACGAUUCUACAGGCAAAAUCGAAUCCGCUUGGGAAUAUUCCAACCCUGAUCAUCGGUGCGGAUGUCUAUCAUCCUGGCGUUGGAUCAUCAGGAGUAUCUAUCGCUUCUUUAGUUGGAUCUCUAAACCUUGAAGGGAGUAAGUAUACAGCAAUUUCACGUUCUAUUCCUCGACAUCAAGAAGUCAUUGAUGAUAUGAAAGAUGUUGUAGUCCAUCUCUUGCAAGGGUUUAAAGCUACGACAGGUAAAAUACCGCAACGGAUCAUUUAUUUUCGUGAUGGUACCUCCGAGGGCCAGUUUAAGUUUGUUGUUGAGCAAGAGCUUGCUGAACUUAAAGCAGCUUGUCAAAAGCUUUCGCCGAAGUACGAUCCAAAGGUUACUGUUUGCACUACUCAAAAGAGACACCAUGCUCGAUUUUUUAUAAAAAAUAAGCAGGAUGGUGAUAUAAAUGGAAAUCCUCUUCCGGGGACAAUUAUUGAGAAGAAUGUUACGCAUCCUUUCGAAUAUGAUUUUUAUUUAAUUUCACAUCCAACGCUUCAGGGCGUUUCUGCCCCCGUUCAUUACACGGUUCUCCAUGACGAAAUCAACAUGCCACCUGAUCAAUUCCAAGCGCUGUGUUAUAAUUUGUGUUAUGUGUAUGCUAGGUCCACAACUUCUGUGUCCUUGGUUCCUCCGGUGUACUAUGCCCAUCUGGUAAGUAAUUUGGCUAAGUACCAAGAUUCGACGUAUGAUGAUACGGCUAGUGUUGUUUCAGAAGAAAUUGCUGGUGAAGCUGUAAACCCAUUACUUGAGGUUUCUGGCAAGCUGAAAACGAAGAUGUGGUUUAUGUAA